UAACCAUAAAGGUUGAACUAAAUAACAAAUUAUUAAUGGGUACUCUUAGUAUACUCAUAAACAGUAGUAAUGUGAGACACUACAUUAUGUCUAGAGAGAUUCACCACUCUCACUCACCCUCCCUUAUGAGAAGAGAACGUCACACGCCUACAAUCCUUUUAUUUUAUUACCGGUAAAAGCCUCAGUGACUAGUGAUGAUGCAGAGAGAGAGAGAGUUGGGUAGUUCCGACGACAGCCACUGUCUUCCUACUCCAUGUUCAUCCGACGAACUCUCUAGCAUUCUCCGGCAGAUUCUCUCACGUGCUCCGACGACUCAACCUUCGUCCCCACCGAAGAGAAACGUUUCCUCCGCUGAGAUGUUCGACCGGAACUUCUCUUUCGUUUCCGGCGGAGCGGUUUCUACCGUCGCCGCCGGCUAUGCGGUCGCUGAAAAUGGGGAAGACAAAUGUGCUUUUGAGGACAAGAGAAAUGGAGUCAAACAGCGAAACUCGUUGAAGAGAAACAUUGAUGCACAGUUCCACAACUUGUCUGAAAAGAGGAGGAGGAGCAAGAUCAACGAGAAAAUGAAAGCUUUGCAGAAACUGAUUCCCAAUUCCAACAAGACAGAUAAAGCCUCAAUGCUUGAUGAAGCUAUAGAAUAUCUGAAGCAGCUUCAGCUUCAAGUGCAGACUUUAGCCGUUAUGAAUGGUUUAGGCCUCAACCCUCUGCGACUACCACCAGUUCUACCUCCUACGCAGACAAGGAUGAUCAGUGGAACCUUAGAACAAGAGCUCAACUUUGAGACUCUGCUCGGUGCUCCUCACUCGCUGGCUAACCAUGAACCAUCCGAAGCAACUCAGGAAAUGUGCUUUUCCACAGCCACUCUGCUUUGAAGACAACGUUGAGACAGUGAAGA